AUGAAUUGUCCCUCGCGAACUGACGACACUCUGGCCCAUCCGGGCUGGAAUCAAAACCCACCGCCCUUCAAUGCCGACACCACAACGCGGAAUGACUUCAAUGGCCUAGCCAAUUCCAGGGUCCAUCGCAGACAUGCUGCCAGUUCCGAUACAGCAGACAAUGCAUUAUCCAUCAAUGACAGACCACUCAACCAGCAAGAUCGAGACCCUGGCAAAGAAAAGAUCCCCAGUGGCGAAGUGACCGCUGCCAACCCGGGGUCGUCAACUUUACAUUGCGCUCGCACUUUAGCGAAAUUUGGUCGUUUUGUCGGCCCCGGGUUUCUCAUUGCGGUUGCAUAUAUUGACCCUGGAAAUUACGCUACCGAUGUCGCAGCCGGCGCCGAGUUCAAAUACGCAUUAUUAUUCAUUGUCCUCAUAUCCAACCUCUUUGCAAUUCUUCUGCAGUCUUUAUGUAUCAAGCUAGGCUCUGUGACUGGCUUGAACCUGGCGGAAAAUUGCCGGGAGCAUCUUCCGAAAUGGGUAACGAUCUUUCUCUACAUCCUCGCAGAGGCCGCUAUUGUCGCGACUGAUAUCGCAGAGGUGGUUGGAUCAGCGAUUGCCUUGAAUCUAUUAUUGAAUAUCCCUUUGGUAGCUGGCUGUGCCAUCACUCUGGUGGAUGUUCUCUUCAUUCUUAUUUUUUAUCGGCCCAAUGGGGCCAUGUGGGGACUCCGACUAUUCGAAUUCUUUGUAAUGGCUUUGGUGUUGGGUGUGGUCGUCUGCUUCUGCAUUCAGCUCUCACUUAUUCAAGACCAGUCGGUUGGUGAGGUCUUCCGAGGCUAUCUGCCAUCUUCAGCCAUCAUUAAAUCUGAAGGGCUUUACCAAAGUUGUGGAAUCCUUGGUGCCACAGUCAUGCCGCAUUCCCUCUUCCUAGGCAGUGGAGUUGUCCAGUCUCGCCUUAAAGAAUUUGACGUCAAUUCUGGUUACGUGGAGACUACAGUGCCGCUAGGAAAUGCCGAUGGCGAAGUUAAAUAUCGCCCAUCUAUCCAUGCAAUCCGUGGCUGCAUGAAAUACUCGAUCAUCGAGCUAUCCCUAUCGCUGUUCACCUUCGCCCUGUUCGUGAAUAGCGCAAUCCUCAUUGUCGCCGGUGCUUCUUUGUACAAUGUUCCUGGCGGUGCCGAUGCCGAUCUUUUCGGUAUUCAUAGCCUGCUUAAGUCAUCGAUUUCAUCUGCCGCCGGCUUGGUGUUUGCCCUCGCCCUUCUACUGUCGGGCAUCUCCGCCGGAAUCGUUUGUACGAUUGCUGGCCAAAUGGUGAGCGAGGGAAUGUUGAACUGGACCAUUCGACCAUGGUUGCGGAGGCUCAUCACCCGCUCGAUUAGCAUCAUUCCCAGUAUCAUUAUUGCGGCUGCGGUUGGCAAAGAGGGUCUCGACAAGACUCUAACUGCCAGCCAAGUUGUUCUUAGUGUCAUUUUGCCGUUUGUCUCUGCCCCUCUCAUCUGGUUCACGUGCUUCAAUCGCUACAUGACGGUUCGAACCGAAGAGCCUAGCGAGCAAAAUGGCGAAGUGGAUGUGAUAACGGUGCCAAUGAGGAACAGCCUGUUUACUUCGGUGGUCGCGGGAGUUGUGUGGCUCGUCAUCGUUGUGAUGAACGUGGCCUUGCUGGUGCUUGUGGGAAUGGGCAAAGCCUCUUAA